AUGGGACGGCAAGUUCAAGAUGUUCAAUUUCAAGAGCCUAUAUUGGUUAACUGGAAGAUGAUAGACGACAAAAUAUUGCCAACCCACUUGACAAAUCCAUCGGAAAAUGAUUCAACACUAAUAAAAAAGUUUCGACCUCUAGAAAUUUACAAGUUUGCUGAUGCACUUGACAUAUGCCUUAUGAUCAUUGGUACAGUUAGCUCAUUUGCCAGCGGCGCAUGUUUGCCAUUGCUACUUGUCGUUUAUCAACAAGUCACCGAUGCUCUUGUCAAUUAUGGUAAACUGCAAUAUAUAGAACAAAUGGGUCUUCAAAAUUUAUCUCAAUUGUCAUGUGAAAAUGGAGGGUUUGAUAUGCCUAACAAUACCACGAGCCCGAUUCAAUCAAUUAAAAAUGUGGUGAAAUGGUAUGUUGUACUCGGAUUUCUAAGCAUCUUCUUUUAUACGAUCGGCUUCUCGGCCUAUAUGCUAUCAGCUGAACGACAAAUUCGUCGAAUACGAUUUCACCUAUUUCGCAAUAUUCUCUAUCAAGAUAUGUCCUAUUUUGAUAUUCUCGGUGGUAAAGGCAAAUUAACCAAUAUGCUUAUAGAUGAUUUACUGAAAAUGAAAGAAGGCGUUGGUGAUAAAGUGGCUGAUUUUAUUUCAUUAUUAGCUCGGAUGGUAGGCUGUCUCGUUUUUGCAUUUGUCAAAGGAUGGAAAUUGACACUAGUUAUUUUAACUGCUGCUCCUCUCAUUGUUUUGGUCUUUAAUUUAACAAUAAAAUUCUCUAUCAAAUACGCAAAAAAACAAAUUGAGGCCUAUGCUAAAGCAAAUACAAUUGCACAAGAAGUAUUGACAGGAAUACGUAUAGUGACAGCUUUCAAUGGACAGAAAAAAGAACAAGACAGAUAUGCGGCUAGUUUAUCAGAAAUACCAUUGAUUGGAAUCAAAAAAGGCAUUGUUCAAGGCUUAUGUCAAAUAUUUUCGAAUGUAGCCACUGGGGUUGUUUUCACAGCUGCUCUUGGGUAUGGACAAUAUCUCAUUAAAACAGAAUGCCAUGCCUAUUCGGCUGGUGUACUCGUUGUUAAAUCAAAAAUUGAUGCAUCUAGAACGUAUGAAGGAGAAAAACCAUCAUCGUUGAAAGGCGAAAUUCAACUAAAAAAUGUGACAUUCACUUAUCCUGCUCGUCUAGGACAACCGGUUCUUCAAAAUGUUAAUAUCACAAUUCCAAGCGGCAAAACAGUGGCUUUAGUCGGACAUUCUGGAUGUGGAAAAAGCACCACAUUAGCAUUGAUAAAUCGCAUGUAUGAUCCUGAUUUUGGUGAAGUAUUACUCGAUGGUCAAGAUAUUCGACAGUUAAAUAUUGAAUGGCUUCGUUCACAUAUUGGCUAUGUUGGACAAGAGCCUGUACUCUUUUCGGGCUCAAUUGAAGAUAACAUUCGGAUGGGGAAGCCUCACGCAACAGAAGACGAAGUGGUGCAAGCUGCUAAAAUGGCUAAUGCUCAUGAAUUCAUUCUCGAACUACCUGAAGGAUAUCGAACAUCGGCGAAAGGUAUGUUAGCUGGUGGUCAAAAACAACGAAUAGCUAUUGCUCGGGCAAUUAUUUCCAAUCCACAAAUAUUGCUUUUGGACGAAGCUACUUCAGCAUUAGAUAAUCGCAAUACAAAGAUUGUACAAGAUGCAUUGAAUCAAGCUAGCAAGGGUCGAACGACGAUUAUUGUUGCACAUCGAAUCACAACAAUUCGAGAUGCUGAUAUCAUUCUAGUUUUUGACAAUGGCAAUGUUAUAGAGUGUGGCACGCAUAUUGAGCUGAUGCAAAUUGAAAAUGGAAUCUAUCGUACAUUAGCUACUCAACCGGAUCAAGAAGAAGAUACUAAUGAAAAACAACAGCCGUCGACUAAUUCUUCAUUAACACCGAUACGACAAAGAUCUUUAUCCAGUCUUCAAGAGAUACCAUUAAAUGGCGACGAUGUGAAGGAGAAGAAUCCUGAAAAAUUAUCGCACUUUUCGUUCCAUACACCAUUUUUGAUCAAACUACUAAAACUGAAUUCACCUGAAAAGCUCUAUCUAAUAGUUGGUUCUCUGUGUGCUAUUCUUUAUGGUUGUGUCGAACCAGUAGUAGGCCUAAUCUAUUCAAUGAUAUAUGGUCUUUUAGCAAAUCCGAAUCUUGAAAUUCAAUCAUUGCGUACACAAAAUUUAUCACUGGGUAUUUUAGGUAUUUAUGUAUUAGCUGGCAUUGUACAAUUUCUUAGUACAGUGACAUUUGCUAAAGCAGGCGAAGCAUUAACUUUACGUAUGCGUCUGCUCACAUUUGAAGCUAUGUUAAGACGUGAAAUCAGCUGGUUUGAUGAUGAGAAAAACAGUGUGGGAUCGUUAAUUACUCGACUUUCAACUGAUACAGCGGCCUUAAGAAACUUAGCUGGAACUCGAAUGAAUGUGCUUUUUUCAUCAUUGGGUGCUUUGAUUUUUGCAUUUACUGUUGCAUUCAUGACUGGUUGGAAAUUAGCAUUAGUCGUUUCAUGUUUCACUCCACUAUUAAUCAUUUCGGGCUAUUUACAAGGAAGAACACAAUCGAAAGCAGGUCACGUUAAAACAGCUAAAUCAUUCGCGGAAGAAGGCGGAAGAUAUGCGAUUGAAGCUAUUCAAAACAUUCGAACAAUUGCUACUCUCAAUCAAGAGCGAUUUUUUAUCGAAAAAUACAAAAAUGUAUUUGACAAAGAUUUUAAAAACAAAUUGUGUAAAAUUCCCAUACAAGCGUUAGGCAAAGCGAUUGGCAAUUCAUUUUUAUAUUUUAUUCAUGUCACAGCAUUUAGCUAUGGAGCAAGUCUUGUUGAAAGUGGCAAUAUGGAUUUUGUUCAAGUUUUUCGUGUGUUUAUUGUCAUUAAUUUUGCUUCAAUGUCAAUUGGCAGAAGUACAUCAUCAAUGCCUGAUUACACUGUAGCAAAAGCAGCAACCGAACGUAUUUUGACAUUUCUUGACCAAAUAUCGGCUAUAGAUCCCUAUAAUGACGAGGGUUUAAAACCGAAUAGCUUUGAAGGGAAUAUCGAGUUUCGGGAUGUUGAUUUUACUUAUCCGACUCGAACAAAACAUCGAAUACUCAAUAAAUUUAAUCUUACUUGUUUACAAGGACAAACAACAGCACUUAUCGGCUCAUCAGGUUGCGGUAAGAGCACAAUCAUUUCUCUGUUACUUCGUUUCUAUGAUUCGAUCAAUGGCCACAUCUUUUUGGAUGGUCAAGAUUUACGAACUAUAAAUAUCAGCUGGCUUCGUUCAAUAAUUGGCUUUGUUCAACAAGAACCGAUAUUAUUUGAUCGUACCAUAGCUGAAAAUAUUGCAUACGGGAUCAAUGAUAGAAAAGUAUCACAUACAGAAAUUCACGAAGUCGCCAUACAAGCUAAUAUUCAUGAAGAAAUCUUAAAAUUCCCACAAGGGUAUGAGACAAACUGUGGCAAUGUUGGAAAUACACAAUUUUCUGGAGGUCAAAAGCAAAGAAUAGCAAUUGCUCGAGCUUUAUUACAGAAACCGAAAAUACUUUUACUUGAUGAAGCGACUUCUGCACUUGAUAAUGAGACAGAACGGGCAAGAUAUCUAAUUGUACAAGAAGCUAUUGACAAAGCUCGACAAAAUCGAACAUGUUUAACAAUUGCUCAUCGACUAACAACAAUACAGAAUAGUGAAAAGAUCGUCGUAGUCGAUGGUGGUAGCGUGCGAGAAGAAGGUCCACACGAAGAACUAUUGCGGAAAAGAGGCUUCUACUAUAGGCUACAAAGGGUAGCACCGCAAUGA